CUAGCAAGAGGCAGGACGGCGGAGAUGUCAGCCAAUCAGCAGCUCCCACGACCCACCCCGGGGAACCUGGUUUAGAAUGUUGAGAGUUUCAGAGUCCCGAGGUAAACUUUCCAGCGAGCCCGGAGGUCGUGCGCGUGAGUCGGCAGGCAGUCAUGGUUUCUCCUCGGACUUGUAUGAACAAGCUUGGCUCGACGCUUCCAUUGCUGUUGGUGCUCUGGGAUCUCCACUAUGAGGGAGUACAAUGUGGCAUAAACGCAGAAGUAGAAAAGCAACUUGAAUUGGGAAAGAAACUGUUGGCAGCCGGGCAGCUCGCAGAUGCUUUGUCACACUUCCAUGCCGCCAUAGAAGGAGACGCUGAUAACUACCUUGCCUAUUACAGAAGAGCCACAGUAUAUCUAGCCAUGGGCAAAUCAAAAGCUGCCAUUCGUGACUUAAGCAGGGUAGUUGAAUUAAAGCAGGAUUUCACAUCGGCAAGACUACAAAGAGGGCAUCUGCUGCUUAAGCAGGGAAAGCUGGAUGAAGCUGAAGAGGAUUUUGAAGGCGUGCUUCUGUCUAACCCAAAUGAUAAAGAAGAAGGAGAAGCCCGCUCUCAGUUGGUGAAGUCAAAUGAGGCUCGGCGCCUGCGUUCUCAAGCACAGACUGCCUUUCUCAAGAAAGAUUACUAUACUGCUAUCAGUCUCUUGGACAAAAUUCUAGAUGUCUGUGUUUGGGAUGCAGAGCUGCGGGAACUUCGAGCUGAAAGCUAUAUCAAGGAAGGGGAGCCUGGGAAGGCUAUCAGUGACUUAAAGGCUGCUGCCAAACUGAAGAGCGAUAAUACUGAAGCAUUCUAUAAAAUCAGCACUAUAUACUAUGAACUGGGGGACCAUGAAAUGUCUUUAAGUGAAGUGCGGGAAUGUCUGAAACUGGACCAAGACCAUAAGGAGUGCUUUUCUCACUACAAGCGGGUAAAGAAGCUCAAUAAGCAGAUUGUUUCGGCAGAAGAGCUCAUCCAAGAAGGAAAGUACCCGGAAGCCACUGACAAGUAUGAGGCAGUUAUGAAGAUGGAGACAAAUGUUCCUGUUUAUACCACUCGAGCCAAAGAGAGAAUCUGCCAUUGCCUUUCAAAGAAUCAACAGUCGACAGAAGCCAUUAAACUUUGCACUGAAGUUCUGCAGCUAGAGCCAGAAAAUGUGAAUGCCCUCAAAGAUCGGGCUGAAGUAUACUUGCUAGAAGAAAUGUAUGAAGAAGCUAUCCAGGACUAUGAAACUGCUAAAAAAUACAGUGAUAAUGACCAACAGAUUCUGGAAAGCCUUGAGAAAGCCCAGCGGAUGCUCAAGCAGUCUCAAAAGAGGGACUACUAUAAAAUUUUAGGAGUUAAAAGGAAUGCCAGAAAACAAGAAAUCAUAAAGGCCUAUAGGAAGCUGGCAAUGCAGUGGCACCCAGAUAAUUUCCAGGAUGAAGAAGAGAAGAAGAAAGCGGAGAAAAAGUUUAUUGAUAUUGCAGCUGCCAAAGAAGUUCUCACAGAUCCAGAAAUGCGGAGGAAGUUUGAUGCAGGAGAAGACCCACUGGAUGCUGAGAGUCAGCAAGGCGGAGGAAACCCUUUUCACCGAGGCUGGAAUUCCUGGCAAGGUUUCGAUCCCUUCAGUUCUGGAGGACCUUUCAAGUUUAAAUUCCAUUUCAAUUAGAACUGCUACACUCUUUUUUAUCUUUUUUUAAUCUUUUUUUUUUUUUUUUGCAUCUGGCAAUCUGUAUUUUUUUUUCUAGGUAACUUAAAAUUAUGGUUUAGUCCUUGAACAAGGACUUUAAUGAGAACCAGUUUCUUGGUGAUAGCCCAAAAGGGAGGCAAACCCAGCAAUGUUGAUAAUACCAAUCUGUUUGAGAGUUCUGAUGGGUUGAAAGCUCCAGCUCAAGACAAACCCUUGCUUGAAAAGAAACUGAUUCAAGAAAGCACUUUAAAGUUUACUGAACUGUUAGUGCCCUUUUUGUGGGAAUUAGUCACUUGAAACAACAGAAAUAAUUUACUCCAGCUUUAAGGCCUCAACUGACUAUUGGAAGUAUUACGCAUCAGUAUGACCCUUUAAAUGAUAGAGAACAUUGGCCACUGCAGCCAGCUUGGAGACAGUUUUCUAACUUAAUGUUACAAGGACAAUUUUCUCUGAUUAAAAUAUCUCCUUCUGGUUGCUUCUAAAGAAUUAAAUGGAAUUAAAUUUUUAGCAGGUGGUAGAGAACCGUUUUCUACUCAAAGUUUGCUUGACAUUUGAGCAGGACUGAGAUGUUGCCCGUAAUAAACAGAACUUUGUUCUGCUCCUGAAGAUUUAUUUUUGAAGGGGUGAUAGAGGAGAAUGUUGAACAUCUUCACAACUAUUAUACACAUUUCUAUCAUCCCACAGAGUAAUAACUCAUAGACACGAUUGAAAGUCUUUUUCCUGCAACUGAAUUCUGGUAUUGUGAACUGUGUUCAAAAUGGAGCUUGGCAGUCCUCUUGGGAUGCAAUUUUGAACUUGCUCUGUUUUUCACAUCCAGUCCUUUUCAAGAAUGCUGCUUUGGACACAUAACAAAGCGACGUGCAUCUUUCACCUUUCUUGCUCUCAUAAGUACACAUAUCUGACCCAGUCCAUUUCAAGUGCAAGUGUCAAACAACUGUAAAAUAAUAGUGGUUGAACCUCACUAGCUUUUGUACAUAACAUUCCCUUCAUUUUGAAAUUUUCAUGAGUGGAUUCAUCUCAGAACAUACCACCUUGUUGAAUGAGGACUCAGAUAGUGCUUUCACGUUUCUCUUUUAAGAAUGACUCCAGAAAUGCUGGGAAAGGUAGAUGUUACCUACUAACAAUCAUGCUUGUAUCUUGGACAGCUUUGAAGGACUGCAUAAAGUGCCAUUGUUCAAAUGGGGGUCGGAGGAAAUGGGUUUCAGUCGCUGAGUCCUUGUUUGCAUAGGACAGUGUUUCUCAACCUUAGCAACGUGAAGAUGUCUGGACUUCAACUCCCAGAGUUCUAUGCUGGCUGGGGGAUUCUGGGAGUCGAGGUUCAGACAUCAGGUUGCUAAGGUCGAGAAACACUGGCAUGGCUUGGGUUGCACUGGUUUUGCCAGAGCUGCUUCUCCUAGAGGCCCCAUCAGGCCUGCACAUGGAUUGAUCAAAAGGUUUGGCAGUGCUUCUGGGCCAACUGAAAUAAAACGCUGCCUUGGAAGUGUUGCCAGAAUAAAGCUCUCUGGGGCGUGGCGGGGGGGUAGAUUCUAUGAGAGCUAUGACGUUCUUUUGAAGAUAAAGAAAUACUAAGUGUUCAACAGUAGCACGUAGUUUUAAUUGCUUUAAAUCUUCAGUCAGAAAGUGGGGUUUUUUGUGCUGGGGGGGGAAGACAAGAUAAAUUUGAAGUUCACAGUUGUGCCAAACCUUAAAUUGUUUCUAUGCCAACUAAUGAAUAGAAAUUGCUUUAUUAUGCUGCUGUUCCCAUGUGAUUCUAAGUAGAUUUUGGGGGAAAUUGGAAAAAAGGAACUUACUGCAUUCCUUUGGAAAUUAAAGAAGCAAGUUAAAAGGCAGUUCACUUAUCAGUUGCUACUGAAAGGUAUUUAUAGUAUUAAAUGCCUCAAAUGUGAAAAAAAUGAGACCUUUGGCUCUGCAAAAUAGUUUCACUUAAGCAGUACGUUUUAAGAGCACAGAGAUUAAAUAUGAUGGUCUUCAGCAGCUGAGGGUAAAAGAAUGGCUUGUUUUUCUCUUCUGUAAGAAAGAAAAUAGGACAAAAACAGGUUUUAAUUACAAGAUUUGGGUUGGGGAUCAGGAAAAAAAUCCUAAAAGAGCAUGCUCUUCAACAGUGGAACAGGCUCCCUUGGAACUGUACGACUCCCUUCUGUGGAUGUUUAAACAAAGGCUGGAGAACCAUUUGUGGAUGCUGACAGAUCUUGCAGUGGACGGGGUUGGAUUAGAUGAUCUCCAAGGACCCUUGCAACCCUUACGUAGAUAGAAAUCGGCUGAAAUCUCACCUAAUCACUAUCCUGUUUUGAAUUUUUGGCAUCUUUAUUCAAACUUCCAAAAGAUUUGGUGAUCCCUCAAGACUACAGCCAUGUUUAAAAAAAAAAGGUUCAGUGCUCUCAGGCACUGUAUUAUCAUCCCCUAAUUGGCAUGGUGGUCUACAAAGGCUUUCAGAGAGAAUGUGGGGGUCCACAUGAAGAAAAACAUGAGAAACUGCUAGAAAUAGCCCAAUGGACUAUUUGUACCUAGAACUGAUCUGUCAUGCACGUUAAAGGAGGGAACAGGGAACUUUAUGAGAAAAAGGUCACAGGAAAAGUUCGUUUUAAGUAACAAAUCCUGCCCCGCCCCCCAACUUCAUUCUUCUCAAAUGAAAGAAAAAGAGUUGCCUUAGAAACCUGGCUGGACUUGAUCUAGCCAUCCAAGUUCUUUCUGCCUUAACAAGCUGACAGGAGGAAUUAGAAUCAAUUGACUCUUUCGUACAGAUUUGGGGGACAAUUAUGCAACUAAUGGCAGUUUAGCAGUGGGAUAACCAUAUACUUCCAAAAUAAAUAUAUUCCUGUGGGACAUUAGGACUUCUAUAGUCUGUCUUAACAAGUAUGAGAAAAAUUGCUUCAGUUGCCAAAAUGUAGAAUGCCAAUUUUGUUUAUAAUUAUGGUAAAUUAUUUUCAAAUUGAAGUGUUCUACAAAACAGCUCAUGGAUUUUAACAUUACUUUUUAAAUUACUCCUAAUUUCAUAUCUGGAAGCUACUUUGUGGCAGUGAAUAUUUGUAUUAAACUGAUGGCAGUGGUAUACAUUUCACCUACUCACUGAGUCUGAAAUCUGAAAUUUAAAAUUCUAGUUGACGAUCAAAAUAACUAUUGCCUCUCUUAGUGGGCAAAUCCUUGGAACCUAUUCUUCUUUAAAAAGAACAGAACGAGAUCAGAGUAAUACUAAAUAUUUACUAGGAGGUAUACUAGAACUUCUGAGACCUUCGCCCAUUAAUAUAUGAUGUGACAAUACAUGGGAACCAUUGCUGAGCCUUUCCCCCCUGCUAAAAGCUAUGGCUGUAGCAAAGUGGUCAAAGUAGUAAACUUUCUUCUUCCCAUCGUUACCUAGUUUUGUGAAGGGGUAACAGAAACUUGUUGGUCUAUUUCACUGUAUUUUGCAGUGGGAGGUUGCAAUGCUAAAUUCAAAAUGGGUGUUCUGCCUGAUGUUGGAAAAAGAAGUAGCUGCUUUAAAAGAGACAGGCACACAUUUUAGCUGUGCAUGCCAAAGCCCCUUUUCUGAAAGGUUCCUGAAGUCACAGCCCUACUUUACAGUAAGAGUUGGCAGCAGGCAAGCUGGAAGCACAAGAGCAGGGUUUUUCAAAUGGCGUUCUACAAAACCCAAGGAGAGAUUAAGGGGGAAAAGGUUCAAAUACAGUUUUCAAUCACUAGAGCCCACCUGAUCAGGAGUUCCAGGAAAUUUUUUGACUUACCUGUUCUGUGGCCUGAAAAAGUUUGCAAGCCCUACUCCAGAGAUCAUCACUGACCUAACAAGGCUGAGAUAAUUAAAUACAGAGGAAUAUGUAUCAUAUUAAGGAAGGUCCUUUAUUAAGGUCACAGAAAGCACCAGGCACUAGGACAGGCUUUCUCAUUAGUUGAGAUUUUACAUAAUGGAGCAAAUCAGUGAGCAUCCCUGAAGAAUCAGUGAUUUUUAAUCAUAUUUAUAAAUAAGCUUGAGGCAGAACAAGUUGUGUGGUGAUGCCAUGGUCAGUGUGAAAUCUCUGCAGAUUGUAGAAUGCCUUAAGCUAGUAAAGGAAGAGGCUGCUUGAUGUUUGGGCCCAGCUGUAAAGCUAUGCUAACCUGAGUUAAUAGAAGCCUUGCAUGACCAACAACUUCCAAAUGAUCUAAAUAUUUCAAAAGCAAAAAGAUCAAAACUGGCCUUGGAGGUCCAAGCCCUCCUCAAUUAGGAGUUUGUGACAAAGUUGUGUCCCUCUAAUCUCAAGGAGCUCAUAUUUACAGUAUUUCUUCUGGAGAGUUAAGAAUU